AUGACUCCGGACACUUCAAAAGUAUCUUCUGCUCUAAGAACAGCCGUUGGAAGAUGCAGUAAAAACCCACAACCAAGAAUUACCCUCUCUACUGCUCAAAUUGUUCUCGUGAGCCUGGUAUUUACAAUUUUACAAGAAAUAUCGACACUCAAGCUUAAUAUUGCUGGUCCAGUAGUGUGUUUGAUUAUCCUGUUGAUGAUUGCAGUAGGAACUUACUCCAUAGCGCACCAGCUGCCCUUAUCAACAAGUCUUUGUCGAAUGAAGCUAAAACUUGUAGUUAGAGAAAUAAGAAAUUCAACCCAAGGUGUACAUAUUGACAUUUGUACCACAAUCACCGUUGUUUUGUUAGCUGCUUGGAUAUUAUCCGUUUGGAAAUCGGGAACCAGCUUUCUAGUGUGGUGUUUCGUAGUAUGGAUCUAUAAUCUAUCUGAUAGAACACACGUCACACAUACAAACACGGUCAUCUCGUUUAGCUCAUCAUCUAGUAAACGAUGUAUCUCAGCUAAUCAUAUAGGUAGUGCCAGUAAUGAUUGCAUAAACAUACAAAGAAACUCGGCUUUUGACCACAACUGUCUAACUUCUUCAGCUCAUAUUAACCAAUUAGAAGCCAAAAUUUUCAAGAUGGAAAAGAAACUUCUAGAGUUAGAAGACGAUAAAGUCCAACUAAACUUGUUGUUGUAUGCCUUCAACCACAACCUUAAUGACAAAUUCAAUCAUCUAGAAAAAACACUUUUUGAUAAAACUGAGCAAGUUCAAUCUAAUAUUUUCAAAAUAAACGCUUCAUUAUCACCCCUGAAAAGAAAACGGAAGCAUGUGUGUUUGAAUAUAGUGAAGCUGUACUUUAAGUGUUUUCUUAUUGCUGUACUUCCCCGCUGGGUAAUCAUACCCCUAAAAAGGUUAAAGAAAAAUUUGGAAAACCUAAUGUCGAUUGUACGCACAAUGCUAAAAUUUCGGAGAUCGUUUUACUCAUGA